AUGGAGGAAGCAAGAGACUACCAGCUAGCGUACAGAGCCGACCCGCUACAAUUGCUCGUGCGGGCUUCCGUCGACGACGGCAAGGGCGUGCCCCGGGUCGACAGACGCCCCGGCGAACUCAUGUACGGAACCGGGGACUUCGACUCGUCCUGGGGCGCCGCCACCAGGCUGAUCCUGAAGGCCAUCGGGGACACGCCCGCGGCGAAGCAGGUCGUGAUCCACGGACGCGACGUCGGCACCUUGGCCCCGAAAUUCCUGGCCGCCGAAACGGCCAUCCAGGGGUUUUCCGAGCGCACAUGGCUGGACCUGCACGCCUGUGUCGAGGCCACGGCGAGAAAGUCCGCCGCGAGGGCGGAGCAAUUCAUUGGGCUCGCGCAGGCGCAGGUGCAAAACUUCCCCGCCGGCACGAGGCAGCAGCUCGAGCGGCCGUCGGUCGUGAUGCAGGAGUGGGCCGUGCUGCAGCGGGAGCUGGUCUCGGCCGAGCGGCGGGUGCGCGAUGCCCAGGAGUGGCUGGAGAAGUCGAAAGAUAAACUAAACACCGAAUCCCAGCGGCAGCCCAUGCCCAACCAAGGGAUGAUCAUUAUCUGGCAGGAGAACAUCGUAAUGGCCCAGCGGCAGCUGUGCAAGGCCAAAAACCUGCAGAUGAAUGCCGAAAACGGGCCGAAAGCCAUGGCCAUCCGGGAGGCGGCGUCCACCGUCCAUCGGGAGCUGCUGGCCUUGGCCUUCCCGUCGGAGCCCGGCCUCGCGGCCGCCGACGCUGACGAGCCCGACGGGACUUGCAAUUACCAUGCGGUAACGCGGUGGAUACGGUCGAGCCGGGCCGCCCGCCCGCCACGGGUCGAGUGUCCCAUCUGUCAAGAGGUCGAGUUCACCGCAUGUCUGGGUAGCCUCUUCCCGAUAGGAUAUCCCGCUAUACCGAAUACCGGCGGCGAAGUGGGCAUUCUCAUGAAUGGAUGCAAACACAUCCUGGGAACCGAAUGCUUCCGCGAAAUGGAAAGAAUCGCCAGCAAGGAACAGAGAAACCUUGUAUGCCCCAUUUGCCGCGCCAAAGUAAUCCCCGAUAAAUGCAUCUUAUUGGAGCACGCUAUCGGCGCGGAGUUUUCCAAGAUCGCGGGAGAGCAGCGGGAGAUGAUGAACUCGGCAUAA